GGGGUCAGAGCUUACAUCCGUGAACCAAACGGAUUUGAUUCUUUGGUGUCUAGCCUUCUUUGUUCCUACUAUCGUUUCCGUUAUUGCGUGGUGCAUGGUAGCUAGCUACGUUAGCGCUACCUGGUAAAGCGAAGUGGUGUUUGUUGUGAUUAGAGUGCUAAGCAUAUGGGCAACAUUACUCCAAGGGUGCGUGUUUGGUUGGCCUACCUAACCGCAGUUAUUUGUAAAAUGGUAGCGAUACACAGCUCUCAAUUCAGUUUGGCAUAGGAACCACGGAGGAAUGCUGUAGCUAACGGUGGCUAACGUUACUCCCAUUUGCAGUUUCAGUGUUUAACGUUAUACUCCAGCUAACCUAACGUAAGUGGCAUUGGCAUCGCUGUACUGGUAUUAUGUGGUUCUGUCAUGAAAAACUAAGCAGCUGACAACCAUCCUGACGGUUCCUCUACCUUCCCAAAACCAAGGUCAAUGGGCUACAUCCACGGACAAAGCGAAAAUACAGCACUGUAAAUGGGAUGCACGAUCGACUGUAGAGGAUAUCUUAUUUGUCUCCAGGGAAACACUUUGGACCGUUUGUAGCCUAAACUGGUGCAUCAAUGAACGAGGAACCACUUGAGAACGUGGUCCCUGGCAGAAAGCCUGUGGAAGAAGAUGCGGGACAAACCACAGAGAGCAGCAAAGAAGAAAAAACCUCUGUGGCAGCACCAGCACAGGAGCCUUUGGCACCCUCAGACAGACUCCAUACAAAUGAAAACCCCAGCUCAGAUCCAGCAAAGGAAACUCCAGGAGAGGAACAGGAGGAGGCUAAGGCCACUGGUGGCGAGCCUCCUGUUGACUGGUUUGAGCCGCUUGAGGAUGACGAUGAUGCCGAUAGUGUUGAUAGGAAUGAUCCAGAGGAAGAAAGCCUGGCAGGAGAAAGUGAAAGGAGUGAGAGCAUGGUGGGCAGCGAGAAGACCUUGAAAAAGAUUUAUCAGCUUCAGAUUCCCCGCCGUAAGCGAUCACAUCCUGAUGAAGGAUGGGUUGAGUGGCCAAUACUUGGAGAGGGGUGGAAACGCAAAGAAGUUGUUCGGCGCUCAGGUUGUAGCAUGGGACAGAAGGAUGUAUAUUACUUGAGUCCACGGGGUGAUCGAGUGAGAAGCCGAGUAGAACUGGUUUCAGUGCUGGAGGGGUUUCUUGACUUGUCAGCCUUUGAAUACAAGACAGGAAAGUUCUACGAUGGCGAAGCACCACCCAUAAGAGUUCGCAACAGAGUGAAGAGAAAGAUCCGGGAGCGCUCUUCCUCAGAGUCUAGCUUGAUGGACAGAGGAGAGAGGGCCGACACGCCAGACUCCCACCACAGGCUCACCCCCAGUUUUGGGCCCAAAAACCACUACUCCAACCAGCCAAGUGUCUCCUCGCACAGUAUGAUGGGAACUCCAAACCAAGGCUCUCGCAAAGAGGAUCUGCAAGGGGAAGAUAAAAUCAGACUUCCCCAUCCCUCGUCAUCCAGACCGCUCCCGCUCCCCUCCAUAAAUGGUGAAAUUGGGUCAGAGGACAACACUCUGGUCUGUGCCAAAUGUGGUAUUUCCUUCACAGGCACAUGGUAUGACAAGCAAAGGAAGAGGCCCUGCUGUCCCACCUGUUGGGCAGCCUCAAAGACAAAAGAGCAUCCGAUGAUUCGUUUCAGAAAGUGGAUUCCUUGUGGACAGUGUGUGGGAUGCCACAACACAGUGAAUUGCGGGCAGUGCGCCAACUGCAAACAUGGACUGCAGAGCCCAGAGUCCCGGAAACGCAUAUGCCGGAAACGCAAAUGUAUAUGUCCUAUUCGCAAGGCCCCUGGAAGUGGAGGCUUCUUGCAGCAGAUGCCUUACAAUGACAUUCCUGAAACAUUUGAUGACAGCAUGAGUUUCCAGAGUGAAGUUACGGACUCACAGCACCUGAGUCUCAAAAGCAGUGACACAGAGAACUUCUCAGUCAACGUGGACGUUGACGAUGAGGAUGACAUGUCAACCGACGACGAUGACGAUGUUACAUUCUCCUCAUCGCCCGACGCAGAUCUGAUGUUUUCGUCUCUUCAGUGGAGCAAAUGGAAAAUGCUCAUAAAACAGUGGCAUAAGAAGCGGAAGCGGCGAUCCUGUGGAGAAUGUAAAGCCUGUCUCUGCAGGAAAGACUGCGGCACAUGUGAUUUCUGUAUAGACAAACCCAAGUUUGGAGGCAGCAACAAGAAGAGGCAGAAGUGUCGACUACGUCAGUGUCAGAGACAGGCAAUGAGACACUUGCUGCCUUUCCAGAUGGGACAAGGUGACUAUGGGCCAGAUGGCUCGAUGCUGCCGGGCAGACCUAGACCACACUACACAUACAGUCGAAAGUCAAAUUUAAAGAAAAACAAAGGAUCGCAGUCUGGCUUGGACUUCACUGACAAUGAAGAUGAUGACAGUAACUUCCAAGCAAUGAAUUGGAGCCCUGAGCCUGCCAGCGGUAGCAAACACCACUACGAACUGAAUGUGAGAAACCACCAAUCAUCUAUGCAGUUGAAUCAUUUGGAUUUCGGACAGCGAAAUGGACUGCAUGACAGAGUCCCUCACAUCAGCAACCACAACAACUCUGAACUAGACCAGCUAAGCAGAUGGGGUGCAGAGAAAUCCCACGCAGGCAGACAUGGUCAGAGGCAUGUUGAUGAUGAUGAGGAAGAAGAAGAAGAGGAAGAAGAUGAUGAAGAGGAGGAGUUGCCCAUGAUCACACAGAUCUUCAGUUUGGCUGAUAACCCAGCUGGGAGUGGUGCGGAUAUAGAAAACCAGCUAAUGAAACUGCUACAGUCUUUGCGCUCCUCUGUACUGCCAAUCCUAUGGUAUGCCAUAAUGGUGGAGGGCCCGCAGCUGCAGCUCAUCCAGUGUUCUAAACAGUCCAGCAUGACUGACACCAUGGUGCUGAUCGACCCAGGCUUCUGCUAUCAGGUCAUUGUCCAAAAGCAGCCGCUGCUCCCCACCCACCCGCUGUACGACAAGUACCCAGCACGCUUAACCUCAGUGACUGAAGUAGUCGGUCUGCUUUUGGGCCUGGAGAAGUACGUUGUGUGCCAGGGACUGCCCCCCAAAGAUCCAUCAGUUAUUAAAGACCCACUCAUACUGGAGCGGGCAUCAACAUGUGAUUUCUUGGUUAAGAAGAAAGUGAGCGUCUGUACUAACUGCAGAGCGCUGCAAGGACUUUAACUUCAGCAGAGACGGAAGAAGAUCUGUGGCCACAGCGGAGACCACCGGUUCUCCGGUGCAACUUUCUGCCAUUUUCUUCUUUUUGUUUCCGUUUUUCUUUUGGUGAGAAUACAUAUGACAUUUUACAGAUUUACCUCUGGACUGUAAUAGUAUGAUUUUAUUAUUUGAAGAAUCACCAAAGGCAUUCCAGGUGCUGUGACAUUAUAACCCAGGCGUGUUUCUUCUCAGAUGUCUUCUGUUAUGUUGUUAUGUUGGUGUAGGGCUUUUCUUCAUGACUGUUAUGUCAGGUUUUGGGCAGUGGGAUGGAUAUAGCUGAAAUCCAUUAGCCCACUGUGUGGUUAGUGUGCUGUUGGUUGAUUCACACUCUUACUUGAGGAAUCUACAACCCUCACCCUCUCACCAUUAUUACACUUUUGAGUGGUCAUUUAACCCCAAAUGUUGUCUCGCUCAGCCCAAAACUGAAACUGUCUUUUAAAAAGAAAAUAUAUAUAUAUCUUUUCACCAGCAACAUUGGACACCAUGUCAACAAUGUUGUCAUGCUAUCUGUAAACCAGCAGACUGAAGUUUUUGGGACUAAAUAAGUUGUUUCCACCUUGUCCACCUCUUCCAUUUUAUAGUAAAUUAUAUUAUGAUCACUACUGCAGUGGCUUUCUUAGAGUUUGAUUGACUUAUAGCAUUUUGUUUUUUUUUUUUUUUUUUUUUUUUUCCACCCAGUUUAUUUAGCAACAACUUUGUUGAGUCAUCAAAGAUUGAGAUAUUUUUUUCUGUGCAAUACUGGCACUAACUUAAUGUUCGAACGUCUAAGUUAUUGUGUAUACCAGUAUGUGCAGUUAAAGGAAUUGAAAAAGGAGACUGUGAAAUAUGUUUUGUAUACUAGACUUUGAUUAGACAGAUUACAGUGUAUAAAAAAUUUAUUCACCUCCCUGUGGAUGUUUGCUUUUUGAAUUAAAUCUCAGUGGAUGUAAAAAAAAAAAAAAACAGAAAAAAGGUGGGAAAUAAAUUUCUACAAAUUGACCAAAAAAGGUACAAAUAUAAAACUCAGUGAGUGAGUACUUCAUCCCCUUUACUAUGACACACAUAUAUCAUGAGAGGGGAACAAUUUGUGAGUCCCACAAUGUGUUGAAUAGAGAUAAUCUGGAUCUAAUUUAACAAGUCUAACAUAUUUUCAGUUACUGAAAAGCGCCAAUUGAGAAGGAUACUAAAACAUUUUCGCGACACUGAAUAUCCCAUGGAGCCUAAAGCUCAGUCAUGAUGACCUACAUGGCUCUGUGGCUGAGUUGGGAGACAGUGUUCGUAAAACAACUGUUGCUUGAACAGCUGCAGCUUUAUGUCAGAGAGGCAAAGAGAAAACCACUAUUUAAAAAAAAAAAAAAACAACAACAAACAACUCAAGACAUCUGAGGAAGUGAUUGCCGGAAGACGGAAUCCAAGUUAAUGAGGGUUCUAUGGUCAGACGGGUUUAAAAACAGCAAUGUUAUUGUGCUGGAGUCCAGACGUUAAUUCUCUGCGACAUUUAUUGCAGAUUGUCACUGUCAAAAGCCUGAUUACAUCCACUCUGAUGCAGUUUUUUUUUUUUUUUUUUAAAUGACAUGAAAAAGGGGUGGGAUACUUUUUAAAAGCACUGUAGUUACAAUGCAGUAAAGCCAUGCUGUUAAAAACAUUUUACAACUAACAAUCAUGUAAAAGAUUCAUUACACGUAUCUUCAACAAUGCUAAGCAAAUCCAUCUCCCCUAGACUUUUUUUUUUUUUUUGAUUUUGGUUUGGUUUUGAUUGGCAGAUUCGACAUUGAUCAAUACUGAGCUCAGAGUACGUACACUUCCGUUAGUAUAUGCUUGUAGAAUGUAUUUUCCACAAUGGUAUCCUCAUAUGAAACUGUUGGUGUAGCCAAAACUCAUCUUACAGAUGACAUUCUGUAUUUAUUAGGUUGAUAGAAGUGUGUUAAACCUCUUUAAACCACGUCCUUCCAUUUCUGUUCUUGACUAGUAUGAUUGUGGUAUUUAAUAUUGUAUUUUAAACCUUUAGAUCAAUUUUGCUUAAAUUAUAUAAUAUUUCGAUUUUUCUCCCGUCCCCCUCUCCAUUGGGAUGUUUGACUUUAAUAAUGUGAAAGUUUAUGGAUUCUUAUCAGAUUUAUUUUUGUUUCUUGGUUUCCUCGAGUAAUUGUGCAGCUUUUGAAAUGUUUGGGAUCAGUUAAUUAUUCUUAAAAAAUAUAUUGUUAUCUAGUCUUUGAAUGAAAACAUAUUUAAAGAAUUGAAGCAAAAGUUUUCCAUAUUUCCUGUCUUUGUCUUUCUGAAGGCAGCGUUCAAAUAAACUUUUCUUGCUGAACAGA